AUGGCCAACAUGGAUGCCGAUAAGCCCGACAUGAUGUCGUCAGACGAGGAGGGGUUCGUCUCUAGCGAAAGCACCGCCUCAAUGGAGUUCGAAUCUGAUACCAAGAGAAACCUUACCCUCGCCCUGGGCAAGCUACGCCUGGAACAAGAGGACGUGAAUCGAUCAUCCUGCCAGGGCGCUACCCCAUCGACCUCCCGCCCGGAAGGCCGAAGUCAAACACACUCCGAUCUCAAGAUGCCGAAAAAACCUCGAUUACUUCUGGAUUUACCUCUGGAUGUGUUGAAAGAGAUUAUAAAAGAGGUCACGCAUACAAAUGAUUUGACAUCGCUUGCCCUGACAUGCUCCGCUCUUCAUGGAUUGGCGAUUCCGCAUAUGUAUUCACGGUUUGACAUCGUCUGGCCGGAGUCACUGAAUUCCACAACGACAGACUACUCGGGGGUGGAUGCGCUGUCUUAUGGUCUUUCGACAUUGGUGAUGGGCGAAGAUGUGUUUAGCCGGCUACCAACGUUGCCAAAUGGAACAUCCGGUAGCUGUAAACAUUGUGGUUGUGAUUUCCAGUGUCGACGGAGUUCUCUACAUUCGGACAACCAAGUCGGCGGACGAUCGCGAAGAGGCAAUCAUUAUGCGCAAUACACUCGCACCUUUUCCAUUGGAAAUGGUCCGUUAAGCUGGGUCCAAGAAUACUCAGUAACCAAAGAAGUUGGCAAGAUGCUAGGAACGCUUGUUGCACUGGCUGUUACGCGGAUGGUCAACCUGGAGGCCUUCGUCUGGGACAUGCCAACUGGAGUUGUUCGUGAAAUCUGGCUGGCACUUGCAUCUUUGGCAGAUCAGCCUGGCCACGAAUGUCGCUUAGAGCGUAUCUGGGUGCGCUGGCACGAUAAUUCAGAGAAUGCUCUACGCAUUCUAUCUGCACCGACAACGAGGACUUUCCAGAAAUACAAACACGUCGAACACCCUUCAUUGUCCGUAUUGCCUCCGCUCAAGAGUGUGGCUGUUCUCGACAUAGAUGAACCGGCGUAUGUGGAAGAGCUUGCACUUCUCAUUGAGAAAUCGCGUCAACGCCUGACUGAGCUCCGCAUUGGCAUUGCCGGAAAAGCCCACAUGAGCACAUGGCUACUCUGUGGAACGAACUCGGAUUAUCCAUCAAGUUGGCCUCGUGCAGAUGGUAUCUUGGGAAUAUUAAAACGGCGCAGUUCGCUUGGUCAUAAUGACGAAGACAUUUCAGCCUCUCCUAUCAUGGCUUCGAUGCCACCAGAAGUUUCAACCGAUGUUACCCCUAAAAGGUCGACCGCUGCUGAAAUUGAGGAACUCGCUUCUCCAAUAGGGCACCCAGUAACCAGCAUUAACAAGGAAAAAAAGCAGCCACAUGAUCUAAAUUUGCCCAGUCGGACGUCUCAUUCGCCUGCAAACUCCUUUCAAGCUGAUUCUGACAUGCUGAGCCUGAACCUUCUGGAGUUAGAACGGGUUCCAUUACAUGUGCCCACUCUUUUGCCAGCUGUUGAUUGGACAAAACUCAACACGUUGACUAUAAUGCAAUGUGUUGACCAUGAGAAGCUGUGGCGAGCUCUUCGCAGAAAAUACGCACCUCCCGCAGCACCAGCUAAGCGUCCUUCUAACUCAGACACCCGGUUCCCUGAAAGCCAGCCUGACUUCCCGCUGAAUCUAAAACACAUCCGCACAGACAAUGUUUCGCCUUAUCUGAUUCUCUUCAUCAAAGAUGCAUUAGCACCGAAUACCUUGGAGAGUGUCUUUUUGCAUGAAGCGCCGGCACACGAAUCCUCUGUGCAAAUCGACGCCAUCUACAGACACAUCCUGCGAAAGCAUCGCAAGAGUCUGCGAAGGGUUCUUAUCGAUGGCACUGAUCGCCAGAUUGGCAGCGGGUAUUCCAGUACGCGAUGGUAUAAGUGGAUGCUCACUAAUGACAUGAUCUCGUUUGUCACGAGUGGAAAAAUGCCGCAGCUAAAGGAGUUGGGAAUGGCGAUGAAUUAUGCAGAUUGGCAUUUCUUCCUCCAGAGAUUGCCAAACAUGCCUCAGCUUCGAGCUCUGUACCUACCGAACAUCUUCAACACUGUCCAUCGUGAUCUGAAAGAGUUGGCUCUUCAAGUCUUGGACAUUGUCAGCAUCCGCCCCGACCUCAAAAUUGCCUACCUCGGUCUCCACAUUAAGUGCUUCCAAAUCCUCGAGGCCAGACACGAUGACAACCCCGCCGAUUUCGACGACAACCCCACCGUGGACUUCUCCCCACCGAAUACCGAGGACGAGGAAGAUCAAAAUCCCUCGACCGUCGGCACCAACGUCACAGAACACCACAACGAUGACGACGAGGACGAUGACGAGUCGUUUAACGGAGAUGUUCUUUCGAGCAACCCCGACGACUACGAUACUGACCCAGAUGAGGAUCAGAAUACUUCACGCAUCCACUACAGACUCCAAGAGAUUUUGUUUUAUGACGAGAAAGUAUCCAUUUUCAAGGCGCGACAUGGUGUUUUAUAA